GAAGGAGUGCAUCGUUACUUUGGACUGUGAUUCAGACGAGUGCACGUCUCACGGGUGUUUCGUAUACCUUUGUCUUAGUAUUUUUUUUUCACAUCAUCAUGGACGAAUCCAACCGCGAGGUGACGGGACACCGGCGGCGACAAUAUUCAUUGUAGUGUGGAUAAUAGUGACUUGUGCAUCGUUUGUAUACACAGUGUGCAAAUCAUCAGUGACCGCGACUUGCGACAGUGGCGGUGGCGACGGGAGACAGAGACAGAUUACGCGAGAACGUGUUGGUGUUGCGUGUUUUUGUGAGCCUCCAUCUGUGUUGUGCUCGCCAUGACGUUGCUGUGAAAUCGUAUUCCAAUAAUAUCAAUCCCGAUGUUGGCUAUAGGAUUGCGCCAAUGUAACUUUCGUGCUUUUAACGAGGAGAGAAUCCGGGGCGGCGGCAAUUCGCGGACACCGAAGAAAGCUUCAAACACGUUUGAAGCUUUCGAGGUCGUAUUCAUGGAACUAUGAACCUGGACUCGUUGUCUUUUACUUUGUCACAAAUCAGUUAUUUGGUUGCGAAUUUGAGUAAGAGAAACUUCGAGGUCAGCUGUCAGGAAAUAUCGCAUUUAGUGCAGUUGCACGGUCUGGAGGCAGACCGACAUUUGUUGCGCUGUCUGAUCUCGUAUGUUGACUUUUCUAAGGGUGAAGUAUCAGAUUCGAGCGCAAAAGAUUAUUUUCAAACAAAGUUGCUGAAGCAGGAGUGCAACAGUUUACUAAGCAAACCUUCCUUUAUAUCUAACUUGUGCUUUGCUGUGGAUAAGCCUCUACAUCAUCAAAAGUCAUUGAGUCCCUCCCCAAAGUUUUUUACCAACUUGAAAAAAACACUUGAUUUGACUCUAGUGCAGGAAGUUGCUUUUGCGAUAGCGUUACAGCACUCGGAAAACACAGAGAUUCGUGUGUUAGCCUUGGAGUACACACAGAAGCAGUUGCCUGAGUUAAUAAAGAAUUACAUAAAUUCUGAGACAAACAACAAGCACCACGAAGGUGGUCUGCAGGAUUCUUUGCCUCAGGUUUUGCAAUUGAUUCUUGGCCAGGCCUUUCACACCACCAAUCUUUAUAAUUUACCAACCGAGGCUAAAGAAAAAUUUCUUAAAAACUUGCGACGCGACUUUCCCCGUGAACUGGUACCGGUGGUGUUAGCACCACUUUUGUACCCAGGUGACGGGGAAGUUCUACAGUUCAAAAUCGAGUUAAACAUGGCCGUCAGUCAAAUGGAUGGCAACUCUUUAGUAGAGUUAAUUAUGGAAUUAGGAUAUAGUUUUACUAGUAGCGUAGAAGAAUGUCGAUCGGCAGUGGCUGGGCUAGGUGCGAGAGAAAUCUCACCCACGUCCACAGCUCGCCUAUUGGCAUAUAUGUCACGUACUUGUAGUAAUCUUGACGAUGCUGGAGGUUUACAAUCAUUUUGGAGCAACUCUGCUGCUUCACAGGAUUCUAGUAAGGAAAAAUCUACAGACAAUGCUACCCCCACAACAUGGAAUGUCGAAGUGUUUAUUCAAGCUUUAAAAGAAAUCCAAUCUACAUUAUCUUGGAAUGAAGUUAUCAUGAAGUUGGAUCAUGCAGAGUUCGUUAUCAAGGAUAGGCAAGGUUUAAACUUGCUGAUCACAGGUCUUAAGUUGGGUCUCCAACAUCAAGGAUAUCCACUGGACGUGUUCCCUGUCGAACUCUUCUACCGACACUGGGAUAAUGUAGAGGGUCAAUUUUCUCUCAUUCAGCAAAUUCUGAAGUGUCCGGAUAUUUUUUGCUUUGCGGACUAUCCGUACCAUUCAGUAACUGUCGAUGUGUUAAAGGCAGCACCCGAAGGCGACAGCAAGGAGGGACAAACGUGGCGAUCGCUGAAUAUGGUCGAACUGCUCUUACACAUGGCUGAGAGGGGCCUUUACAGUCCUGUGCAAGAGAUAUUUAAGUGGCCAAUUCAGCAUUGCCCCGAUGUACUCGUGUUGGCGUUAUUGCAAAUAAAUCCACCCAUCACAAUCUUGAGACAAGAACUGCUGAGCACGCUGAUGCCCAUCUUUUUGGGGAAUCAUCCAAAUUCUGCUGUGAUAUUGCAUCAUGCAUGGCAUUCCAAUAAUGUAAAGAUAAAAACAAUUAUAAUGCACUCAAUGGCAGAAUGGUAUGUACGUGGCGAUCACGAUCAAACGAGGUUGUCACGAAUUUUGGAUGUCGCUCAAGAUUUAAAAGCUCUAUCAGCCCUACUCAAUGCACAAUCGUUUCCAUUCGUCAUCGAUCUUGCUUGUUUAGCAUCUCGACGAGAGUAUUUGAAGUUAGAAAAAUGGCUAACAGACAAAAUUCGAGAUCAUGGAGAAGUUUUUGUCACUGCAUCCGUCAAGUUCUUACAAAGACGAUGUCCUCAAGUUAUGGGCCCUGGAAUAAAGGAAGAUCCUACAAUUCCAAAAGCGAGUCAACUACCACAGGAAACGCUUACCACAAUACUGGCUUGUUUACAAGUUUGCACUGGAAAUGUCUCCCAGGAACUUUCGGAUUUAAUCAUGACGAUGGUGCAGAAUUGCAGUCUAAUGUUGAGUAAAACCACUAUAAACAGACCACCGCCACCGGGAGUUCUGAGACAUCGAGCAUUAGAACCGUUCAAUCCGACAACUUUAGGAAGUCAGCUAUUCUCUUCCAAGCAAGUGGAUCCUCUUGGGAAUCUCAGUUCUAGUCUUGCUUCGAUGGGCCUUGGCACGGCUCUUGGACCUCAAAGUAGCUCCGCUUUCAAUUUGCCUGGUGCGUUAGGACCUUUGGUUUCGGCACCCGGAUCGCCUUCACGACUUAUGGGACCUUCCCCGAGUCCAUUCCCUAUGUUGCCGCUAUCUUCGCAGUUACAUUCCGGCCCGGUCGGUACUCAGGGGCCAUCGGUGCUACCGGGUAGUACAAUAGGUGGAUUGGGACGCCUCGGUCCACCAGCUGGCAUUGAGAAAGCGAGAAUUCCGGAGACUUCCAAUUUAUUCCCAGAUAUGGGACAGAACGUAUCCAAAGAGGUUGAAGACGAAGCCAAUAGUUACUUCCAACGAAUAUAUAAUCAUCCACCGCACCCAACCUUGUCGAUCGACGAGGUUCUUGAUAUGCUGAAGAAAUUUCAGGACUCCGGGAUCAGAAGAGAAAGAGAGGUGUUUAAUUGUAUGCUGCGAAAUCUAUUCGAGGAGUAUCGAUUCUUUCCGCAGUAUCCGGAAAAAGAAUUGCAGAUUACGGCUCAGCUGUUCGGCGGGAUUAUCGAGAAGGGUCUCGUCAACAGCUACGUAACACUCGGAUUAGCGCUGAGAUUUGUCCUCGACGCCCUGAAGAAGCCGGAGGGCAGCAAAAUGUAUUAUUUCGGCAUAACGGCACUCGAUCGAUUCAAAAGUCGGCUGAAGGAUUAUCAAACGUAUUGCGAGCACGUGAGGACUAUUCCGCAUUUCAACGAGUUUCCGCAGCACUUGAUGGAGUACAUCGAGUACGGCUUGCAAGGACAGGAGCCGCCGUCGAGGCCGCAGGGUCCGGUUCUCCCGAAAACUCUGGCGGCCAUGUUGGCGCCGGUCACGACCCCGUACAAGACUAUGACCACGACUACUGUCACCACCAGCACCACGCAGGCGAAAUCGUCUACGACCCCGACCACAUCUCUCUCGGCUAGGCCUUCCAUGCCUUCGGUCGCCAACGCGACCAAUAUCGACACGCUGCUCGUGGCGACGGACAAAGAGGAAAAGAUUACAACACCACCGGAAGCUUUGCAAGACAAAACGGCCUUUAUCUUCAACAAUCUUAGCCAGUUGAAUCUGCAACAGAAAUGCGACGAGAUUCGCGAGAUCGUCACGGAGGAAUACUGGCCGUGGAUGGCGCAAUAUCUAGUAAUGAAACGUGCCAGUAUAGAACUGAACUUUCACGCCUUAUAUUCUAAUUUUUUGGAUUGCAUAAAAUUACCUGAAGUCAAUAAAAUGGUCACGAGAGAGACAUUUCGAAAUAUUAAAGUUCUCUUACGAAGUGAUAAAGGAAUAGCUAAUUUCUCCGAUCGAUCGUUAUUGAAGAAUUUAGGACACUGGCUUGGGAUGUUGACGCUUGGCAGGAAUAAACCUAUUUUACAAAUAGACAUAGAUCUGAAGAGUUUACUUGUCGAAGCGUAUCACAAAGGACAACAGGAACUUCUUUACGUAGUGCCUUUUGUCGCAAAAGUGCUUGAGAGUUGCGCGAAAAGCCGCGUUUUUCGUCCACCUAAUCCUUGGACCAUGGCGAUUAUGAAUGUGCUAGCCGAACUACACCAGGAGCCUGAUUUAAAGUUGAACUUAAAGUUCGAGAUAGAAGUGUUGUGCAAAAAUCUGAGCAUCGACGUUGGAGAACUGAAGCCGGUGAUUUAUCUGAAAGAUCCCGAGAAGCUGCGCAAUCUGGAAUACCAGUUGUCGCAUCUGAAUAAAAAAGCGGAAAGCACCGUCAAUCAACAACAAUCUCAGGGGCCUAUAGAGGAAUUGGUCGGACCGACAACGAGCACCGCCAUGAAUCCUCAAUCUGCGCCUCCUGUGAAUACAACGCCUUCCUUGCCUACCGGUCCACCUGAACCACGAUUUAAUUACAUGGACAUAUCAGUGACAGGCAUCGCUAAUAUAUCUCAGCACAUUACCAUCAAUAAUCAGCUAGCUCUUUUUCAAGCACAUCCUCACUUGAAGCAAUUUGUUCGGCCAGCGGUUGAGAGAGCAAUUCAGGAGUGGAUUCAUCCCGUCGUGGACAGAUCUAUUAAGAUUGCUCUCACAACCAGCGAACAGAUUGUGAGAAAAGAUUUCGCUUUGGAUCCGGAAGAAGUACGGAUGCGAACAGCGGCGCGACACAUGGCGCGUAAUCUGACCGCUGGUAUGGCAAUGAUCACUUGUCGCGAUCAGAUUUUAGCGUCGAUCAGUACGAACUUGAAACAAGCUUUCCUCACGGCGUUGUUGAGUACGACUUCACAGCAGAAGGAGCACGUCGAGCAAGCGGCGAAUAUAGUCGCUGCUGACAAUAUGGAACUCGCAUGUGCAUUUGUACAGAAGACAGCUAUUGAAAAAGCGAUACCCGAGAUGGACAAACGACUGCUGAACGAGAUAGAGUUACGAAAACUCGCUCGGCAAGAGGGACGAAGAUAUUGUGACCCUAUCGCCAAGUAUCAAGCCGAGAGGAUGCCGGAGCAAAUUAGAUUGAAAAUAGGUGGCGUGACAUCUCAGCAGAUGGCUGUUUACGAAGAAUUCGCUAGGAAUAUUCCUGGAUUCCUGCCACUUUCCGAACGGGACACACAAGCGCUCUUUAUGCCGAAACCCAUUUCUGAGACUCCUGUUACCACAUUUACGCCCAAUUCGGCCGUGGCAGUCGCGACGGUACAACAAGUAGCCUACGCUGCGGCAGUUAGCAAUGAUGAAGUGGGCGCCGUGCUUGAAAAACUGGCGUCAGAAGUAGAAGUUCUAUUGAACGCUCUGGGACCGGCGGCGCCGCCGCCGCAGCACGCUGCCCUUCACAGCCUUUUGGAAUCGAUCAUUCUUACCAGAAGAUCGAGAGACGCUGGCGCCGCUAUGGGAUUACUGAAGAAAGCCGUUGAAGGUUUACUGGACGGGCCUAUUAUUUCUAAUAGCGUCAUCGAGUCGGAGAAUCUCAUACAACGCUACAGGGACUUGCACUUGCGUAUCUUGAAAUGUCUUCAAGAUCAACGCGCAUACGGUAUGCAGUGGACCAACAAACACGUAACUCGUUGCCUAACCGAAUGCAGAGAGGAAUUCCGAUAUAAUUUCGAGGCCGUCGAUUAUCUCAUAAGAUCUCAUUUGAUUAGUCUUCCGCAAUACGAUGUAGCUCUGGCCCAAGCUAUGGAGGCAGGAAAUUCUAUGGCAACUGCAUUUGCUAUGCAAUUGGUUCAACUCUAUUUGAUUGACGAGAGGCAGGCGACUCACGUUACCGAAACCGACUUGUUCCACACGAUUGAAAUAUUGGCUCGAAUGGCACAUCAUAGGACACCACCGGAUGGGAUCUCACUCUUCAGAUUAACAAAUCUAGUAGAUUCGUUGCGUGCCAAUCAUGAUUCUGGCGUAUUGGUAGACAGAGCUCCGGCAGGACCGACGGCACAUAUUCAUUCUGGAAUCCUGCAGGUGAGAGCUCGCGAUUUCGACGAUCCACCCGGACUGAUGGAAAAGACGGAGUAUCUGCUGCGCGAGUGGGUCUCAAUGCACCACAGCCCGCAGCACGCGCGCGAUCCUACGAAAGCAUUCAGCAUAUUUGUACAUCAAAUGAACAUCCACGGGAUCCUCAAGACUGACGAUCUCAUCACACGAUUCUUCAAGCUCAGCACGCAGAUGUGCGUCGAUCUCUGUUACCGUGCUCUCUCGGAAACUACGACGGCGCCCUCGAUUAUGCGCGCAAAGUGCUUCCACUCGUUGGACGCGUUUGUGCGUCUUGUAGCCCUGCUGGUGAAGCAUUCGGGCGACGCCACCAACACUCACACGAAGAUCAAUCUUUUGAAUAAAGUGCUUGGUAUCGUAGCUGGUGUGCUUCUGCAGGAUCACGAAAUACGCGGCACCGACUUCCAACAGCUACCGUAUCACAGGAUCUUCAUUAUGCUCUUCUUGGAGUUGUGCGCGCCCGAGCCAGUGCUGGAAGCCGUCAACUUCCAGGUCCUGACGGCCUUUUGUCAUACUCUGCACAUACUGCGGCCGGCGAAAGCGUCGGGCUUCUGUUACGCCUGGCUGGAACUGGUCUCGCAUCGCGUCUUCAUCGGACGCAUGCUCGCCAUCACGCCGCAGCAAAAGUGCUGGGGGAUGUACGCGCAACUUCUCAUCGAUCUCUUCAAGUACCUCGCGCCGUAUUUGCGUAAUGCGGAGCUCGCGAAACCCGUGACGAGCCUCUACAAAGGAACGCUACGGGUGUUGCUGGUGCUGCUGCACGAUUUUCCCGAGUUCUUAUGCGAUUAUCAUUACGGAUUCUGUGAUGUAAUACCGCCGAACUGUAUACAAAUGAGAAAUCUGAUUUUGAGCGCGUUCCCGCGAAAUAUGCGCCUGCCCGAUCCGUUCACGCCGAAUCUGAAAGUCGACAUGCUGCAGGAGAUAGCGCACGCCCCGCGCGUGCUCACCAAUUUCGCGUCUACGAUACAGCCGUUGACUUUCAAGAAGGAGCUCGAUUCUUAUCUGAAGGCACGCGCUCCGGUCACCUUUCUGUCUGAACUUCGCAGCAAUCUGCAAGUGUCGCAAGAGGCCGGUGUGCGCUACAACAUACAGCUGAUGAACGCUCUGGUGCUCUACGUGGGCACGCAGGCCAUAACGUUUAUUCGCAGCAAGGGCCACGCGCCCAACAUGUCCACGAUCGCGCAUUCCGCGCACAUGGACAUCUUCCAGAAUCUCGCUGUCGAUCUCGACACCGAGGGUCGUUACCUGUUCCUGAACGCCAUUGCGAAUCAAUUGCGGUAUCCCAACAGUCAUACGCAUUACUUCAGUUGUACGCUUCUUUACCUAUUCGCCGAGGCGAACACGGAAGCGAUACAGGAGCAGAUCACCAGGGUCCUCCUCGAAAGACUGAUAGUUAACAGACCGCACCCGUGGGGUCUGCUCAUCACAUUCAUCGAGCUCAUCAAAAAUCCAACGUAUAAAUUCUGGUCGCACGAGUUUGUACACUGUGCGCCAGAAAUUGAGAAAUUGUUCGAGUCUGUAGCUCGAUCUUGUAUGGUGCAGAAACAGGUUCCCACGACGGAGACAGAGAUUCCGGAGUGAUAGAAUUUUUCACUUUUCGUUAUCAUUAGAUGUACAGUGACUGUAUCGCGUGUAAAAAGUUGUAUGGAUAAAGUAUACCGUCAGAUUUCAUUUCUCACGGUGAAUAAUUACUGAUCGUAUAUAGGUAUAUAUUAAUUCAUAUAGCAUAAAUGAGACAAUUAUUGCAUUAAUAUUUUAAUAAAAUUGGUCGACUAGGAAUAAGUUUGACACAUCUUGCUAAGUGUGUUUCGGACAAUUGUAUUUCACUCUAUGUAUUAUAUACGAACGACAUUGUACACAUGCAUAUAAAUACGUGUGUGUGCGCGUGGGUGUGUGUGUGUGUGUAAAGCAGUGUCAUAAAGUGUAUAAUGGAGCAGAACAGAGUAUGCAGAUGACGAAUAAUGUUCAAGAAAUGCAACUACACGGACAUUUCUUACGCAUAGUGUAGAAUAUGUUGCGUGUAUUCGGAUGUGAUGUAUACAUAGAACUCCGAGCAUUGUCAGACACUUGUAGAGAGAUAGAUGCGCUUUAGAAAUUAUUGUUUAAGUGUACAAUACAUUUCGAAAGCUGUGACAUAGUAUAAAGUACUAGUAUAUACAUGUGAUCUUUUUAAGACUAAGUAGUUACGCAACAAGGAUGGGAGGAUAUAAGUGAUCGGCAUCGGAUGUAAUUCAUUUACGCGAUUCUUUGUCUUGAAGGAUUUCUACUGUAACCUUUUAGAUCUUUCGAUGUAGUGGUUUUUAUGAGUGAUACAUUAAACAAUUUAUUAAAUC